AUGGCUGCCUUUACCAAGCAUUUCUCUUUCAUCUUCCUCCUUCUUAACCUCAUUUCUUCAUUGCAAAUCCAUGCAAGAGAAAGUCAAUUCAUUAAUAAAAUCUCCAGCAACAACAAUGCUGAAAAAAAGACACAAGUAGUUAUUCUCAACAAAGAACAAGAAUCAAACUUCUUGCCUGAAACUGAAAAUAAUGGAUAUGGCCUAUAUGGUCAUGAGUCUGUCCAAAAGAAUGACAACAACAACAAUAACGAUGAAAAGUACAUGAAUACUGGUAGUACUAACAAUAACAACGAGGAGUAUCACAAUGAGAAUAGCACUUACUACAUCAACAAGGAGUACUACAAUGGUGGCAGUACUAACAACAACGAGGGGUACUUCAAUGGUGGCAGUACUAAGAAUAACAACAAUAACAACGAGGAGCAUUACAAUGAGGGUAACACUUAUUAUAACAACAAUAACAAUGAGUACUACAAUGGUGGCACUACUAGCAACAACAGCAAUAACAACGAGGACAUUUACUACAACAACAAGGAGUACUACCAUGGUGGCAGUAUUAACAACAACAACAACGAGGGGUACUUCAAUGGUGGCAAUACUAACAACAACAACAACAACAAUGAUGAGUAUCACAAUAGGGGUAAAACUUACUAUAACAACAAUAAUAAGGAGUACUAUAAUGUUGGAAGUACUAGCAACAACAACAAUAACAACGAGGAGUAUCACAAUGGUGGCAUUACUAACAACAAAAACAACAACAACGAUGGGUACUUCAAUGGUGGUAGUACUAACAACAACAAUUACAACAACAACGAGGAGUAUCAUAAUGAGGGUAAUACUUACUAUAGCAACAAUAAUGAGGAGUAUUACAAUGGUGGCAGUACUAGCAACAACAACACUAACAACGAGGAGUAUCACAAUGGAGGUAGCACUUACUACAGCAACAACAACAACAAGGAGUACCACAAUGGUGGCAAUACUAACAACAACAACAACGAGGAGUACUUCAACGAGGGGUUCUUUGAAAAUGGAAAAUACUUUGAUUGUGUAAACACUGAGAAAUACGUCAAAGAUCCCUAA